GUCUGCUUGCAAGAUGGUGUUAUGUCAUAUUCGUGCAACGGUACGGUUAGGCAAACUGGUGGCCAAGGCCGGUACGCAAAGUUCCGCUCUCCGGUGGUCCCGUUUGUUUAGCGUCAGCAGUGUGGCCCUUAAAGAGCGACUCUUCACGGACAAACAUGAAUGGGUGUCGGUGGACGGUGAAGUAGGCACGGUUGGCAUUUCGAACUUUGCACAGGAGGCACUCGGUGAUGUGGUAUUCGCACAGCUGCCCGAUCCCGGAACCAAAUUAUCGCAGAAGGAUGAGUGCGGUGCGCUGGAGAGCGUGAAGGCGGCCAGCGAAAUUUACUCACCCGUGUCCGGUGAGGUGACAGAGAAGAACGGAGCAGUAGAGGAGACGCCCGGUCUGGUGAACUCGUCCUGUUACGAGAAUGGAUGGCUUUUUAAGCUGAAGCUCACAAAACCGGACGAGCUGUCGAAGCUGAUGAGCGAAGAGCAGUAUGCAGAAUUUUUGAAAACUGCUGCCCACUAGUAUGGUGGAACGUAUGUUGUACGGUGCAUGCAGCGAACGAAAGUGUGUGCCUGCUUAUUGUUACCUAUCGUUAAGUUCUACUGUAAAUGCCAAUGAAUAGUGAGUGUUUGAUUUUCCCAAUAAAUACAACAUUCUGUGUGAGUAA